UCCUCUUCUUCACUCCUCUAUUUUCAGUGAAUAAAGAGAACAGAGAGAGAACGUUGUUUAUACGACAGGGGUUUGUAUUUUCGAUAUGAACCAGGAAACUCGUUCUUAGUUGUUAGAGAAACAAUGGUGGACGUCGACCGGAGGAUGUACGGUUUGAAUCCGUCUCAUAUAGCAGGCCUGCGCCGUCUCUCUGCUCGUGCUUCCGCUCCUUCAAAUCCCACGUCUCUUCCUGUUCGCAAAGGUCUUCAAUCUUUCUCGUCUUUAGCUGAUAAAGUUAUAACCCAUUUAAGGGAUUCGGGUUUCCAAGUCCAGCUAGGUUUAUCAGACGCCGAGUUCGCACGAGCGGAAGCCGAGUUCGGCUUCGUUUUCCCACCCGACCUCCGAGCCAUAUUAUCAGCCGGGUUACCUGUGGGUCCAGGUUUUCCCAAUUGGCGAUCUGUUGGAGCCCGACUCCAUCUCCGGGCUUCGCUUGAUCUUCCCAUCGCUGCGAUUUCCUUUCAAAUCGCGCGUAACACUUUAUGGUCCAAAUCUUGGGGACACAGACCCUCUGACCAGGAAAAAGCUUUACGGGUCGCAAGGAAUGCCCUUAAACGAGCUCCCCUUUUGAUCCCCAUUUUCAAUCACUGUUAUAUUCCCUGUAACCCCUCUCUAGCCGGUAACCCCGUUUUUUUCAUCGACGAGACCCGGGUUUUCUGUUGCGGAUUCGACAUAUCCGAUUUUUUCGAGAGGGAAUCCUUGUUCCGAAGAUCCGAACCCGACCAUGAAUCGUUGAAGAAACAGAGAUCGAUUAGUGAGAAGUCAGCCGGGUCGUCCACUAUUUUCUCAAGGCGUAGUUUGGAUGCCGGGGCGAGAACCCCCAGAUGGGUCGAGUUCUGGAGCGACGCGGCGGAUGAUCGGCGACGGAGAAACUCAUCGUCAUCUUCGUCGCCUGAGAGGUAUGUGAAUAUGCGGAGGUGCAAAAUGCCGAAAUGGGUGGAGGAUUACAUUGAUAAAACCGGGUGGGUUCUGAGAGAAGGCGGGUGGGCUGAAUCGGACGUUGAGGAAAUGAUGCACGUGUCACCAUCUGGGUUCUUCGAAGAAGAGAUGGUUUUAUUGGAUAAUCAAGCCGUUCUGGAUGUCCUUCUUUUAAAGGUGGAUCGGUUCUCCGAUUCGCUCCAAAAAGCCGGUUGGAGUUCCGAUGAAGUUUGGGAUGCACUAGGCUUUGAUUUCCGACUGGAAAAGGGAAAGAAACAUGCCAAGAAAUUAUCCCCUAAGCUCGUACAAAAAAUUGGGGAACUUGCUCAAUCGGUUACCCGGUCAUGAGGAUCUCGGGCUGUGCAUUUACGUUUCUUGGUUUACGGGGGAAAAUAGUAUAAAUAUAUAUAACAAAGGCGGUUGUGCAUCUUGAAACGAUGGGAAA